AUGAGCAAUGGGAAAUGUUUUUUAUAUAGGAUUAUUGAAGAAAAUAAUUUGCAGUGUACAUUUCCUAAUGUAGAAGUAGUGUUGCGUAUAUAUUUAGUUGUGAUGGUGUCCAACUGUAGCGGGGAACGAUCAUUUUCUAAAAUGAAGUUAAUAAAAAACCGACUACGAACUUCGAUGACACAAAGUCGACUAUCAGGCCUUGCACUGUUAAGCAUCGAAAGCGACUUACUACGAUCAUUGGAUUUUUCACAAGUUGUUGAAAAAUUUGCGGCGACGAAAUCUCGCAAAGUUAUCAUAUAA